AUGCAGACCAACUCUCGUCUUCUGGCUCUUGCCACUCUCUCUGUCGCCAUCCAGACUUGUUCUGCCGCUGCCCUUGCUGGAGCCAACCAGGUCACUUCGGGAGGACGCGUUCGCAUCCGUGAUCAGCCCUUCGUCACCUGCUCGUUCGCUCAGCUGACCGACGUCUCCUUGGUCAACAACAUUGUCUCCGACCUCAAGGCCCAUGCCGGUGAUGACCUGUCCACCGAUCCCCAGCAGUGCAUUCACCUCGGCUGUGACAAUGGCGCCGUCGUCUGGUGGUGCAACACCGACAGCAAGACUCUCUCCUUCAAGAGCGGUGAUCUGGCCGACCAGGUCUCCCUAGUCGUCGAUCACUGCGAGACUCCUGAGCAGUCGGACACGAGCAAGUUUCUGGUCAGUGGAAGCUCCAAGUCCACCACUGAUGACCACUACAUCAUUUCUGUCAGCGCUGGAACCUGCUCCCACCUCAAGGAUGAGCAGUAG